ACGACAUCUGUCCUUAUGACUAGGCCACCCAGCUGACCACUAUAAACAAUAGACACAUCUUCAUCCAGAACCUCACAUUCCCCCUUAUCAGCUUACUCCUGGACCCUCUUAUUGCUAAAAAGCGUCUGAGCGACCGCAGCGCGCAUCACGAACAGACAUGCUCCAGUCCUCCUUGUCUGGGUGGCUGAAGAAGUCGACAGCAAGCAAAGAGAAUGCACAGCCUCUACCGCCGCCUCCGGUAGCUUCAGCAGCACCAAAACGGCCUCCACCACCGCCCAAAUCCGUAUCCGCACCUCCUCGCAUGCCAAUGAAUCGCGUGCCCUCGAGCACAACACCACUGCCCAAGACAACAGAGCAAUGGAACGACAUACCCGAAGACUUUCUGUCAGCGCCCUCGUCCCGACCGCGAUCGAAGAAGAGCCCUCGCCCGUCUGCGACAGGCACGCCAGCAAACAUCUCACGGGUGCCUACACCACUCGGCCUUGCGAGCGAAACAACAUCCACACCAACUGAGACACCCUCAACAGCAGACUCGACGCCUCCAAUCCCAUCAUCAACACCUUCCAUACCCGCGCUCUUCUCACUGCGCCCGCUACCCGCCAAUGUCGAACUCGCGCCCCUCACCCACGAGCACCUGGAUGCUUUCAAGCGCCUCAACGCCCUGACCCUCCCAAUACCCUACCCCGAAUCCUUCUACAAGGAAACCAUGACCGAGCCACACCACAGCAUAACACUCAUCGCGCUGUGGCACUCCGACCCAUCCGGCGGCCCCGCAGACGAAACCGAAGCAGCAAAGCCACGCCUCAUCGGCGCAAUACGCUGCCGUCUCCUCCCCUCCGCGCAGCUGUACAUCAGCACCAUCGGCGUCCUCGCGCCGUACCGCACCCACGGCAUUGCCAUGCACCUACUCCAGGCCGUUGUCAAGACGGCCGUGGCCGCGCACGGCGUCCGCUGCGUGACUGCACAUGUGUGGGAGGCGAACGACGAGGGUCUGGAGUGGUACAAGAAGCGCCGGUUCGAGAUCUUGGGCAAGGAGGAAGCGUACUACAGGAAACUGAGGCCGCAGGGCGCGUUUCUCAUGCGCAAGACGAUUGGGGUUGGGGACUUGUUAGCGAGUGGGGAGGCGCGUUAAGGAGGAGAAUGACAGGGUUGGAGGAGUGACGACGAGUUACGAUAUGAUACCACAAGACGCGAUAUGCGAAUACACGAUUCUACGGCGCUUGACUCCAGCAUGGGUCUUCGCCUCCGACACUGCAUGUGCUCGCUUU